ACAAGAAUGCCGCAGCCUUACCUUGAAAAGGUGCCGGGUGUGCAGAUUGUAACGGCAUGGUACAUUUAUAACUUCCUUCCUGAAUUAUCUUCAAAUUGCCGGUUUGACCACAUGGAGCAUGCACCAUAAAGCAAAACAGUUUGUCGGAAGUAUCAUCAAUUCACAAUAGCUGAUAACAGAUAAGUUAAUUCAAUCUACAGUCAGCAAGUAUAAAGACUCUGUACAUACUUUUCCUAUAUAAACGACAAAUGGUACUUUGUACAAUGAAUUAGAACGAAGUGUUAGAAAAUGAAAGCCUUGGUGAAGACUUUGUUCGUCUGCAUACUAUUGGUGUGCUCCAGCCACGCAUACAAUGAAAUUUGUAAUGGUGUCCCUAAUCUCACCUAUGUGAGAAGCCCUCAAGCAUGCUACCUUUACUAUGCGUGCAUCGAUGGCCAGGCAUAUGGAUACACGUGCCCCGAUGAUCUUUGGUUCUCGAUGGAAUUACAACGAUGCGUGCCGCAAGAGGAAGCAGACUGUGACAUCGAACCUGCACCUGAGCUACCGGAAGCACCGCCAAGACCUCCGUCUCCGGAAUGUGAGGAUUUGCCGGACUUCACAUACCUUCCCAGCAGUACAUCUUGUCAGUUCUACUAUCAAUGUAUUGAUAAUUUCGCGUACAGACUGUCAUGCCCUCGUGGCUACUGGUUCAGUGUUGAACUUGGACGGUGUGGUAACAGGUUUGAGGUUGAAUGUGAUAUUGAGGAAUCAACACAAACUCCCACCGCUCCUCCAGGACCAUCAGAACCCAACCUGUGCUUCGGGCGUCCCAAUUUUUCUUAUGUGAGAAGUCCGCAAUUUUGUCACCUGUUCUACUACUGUCUUAAUGGAACUCCGUUCCCCAUGAUCUGUCGGAAUGGAUUUUUCUUCGAUGAAACCGCUCAGGACUGCAUCCCGGAGGAAGAAGUACAAUGCGAUGAUUCGAAUGUUCCCGGAUCAACCCCUGGUACAACUCCAGGCAUUUGCGACGAUGUAGAAGACGGUGUGAUGAUUAUACAUCCGCAGUUCUGUAAUCAAUACUAUGUUUGUGUCGAAGGUAACGCUUACCCGACACUUUGCCCGGACGGCCAAUGGCUGGACGUUGAGAAACAAGCGUGUGGCAAGCCAAUAGAUGUCUAUUGCCCAAAUGGCCCACCAACAACACCGACGCCAAGUGUGUGCGUUGACGUUGCGGAUGGUGUAUACGUACCUAGCCCAGAACGUUGUGAAGCCUAUUACGUUUGCGCAGGAGAAAUCGGCUACAUUCUAUAUUGUCCUCCCGGGCUGUGGUUCGACCAAACCACUCGUGAGUGCAUCUCACCGUCCGACGCCAUCUGCAAUAUUCCUACACCACCGACUCCACCCCCAACGCCAACUAUCCCCCCUACCAUCCCACCAAGCGGACCACCAGAAGAGGGUAACCAACUAUGUAAUGAAUCGCCGAAUGGAACUUAUUUACCUAGCCCAGCUGACUGUAGCAGUUUUUACAUCUGCUUCAACGGCGGCGCAUAUCCCAGCAAUUGCCUUGGUGGAUUGUGGUUCAACCCAAUAACGAUGCUUUGUGAUUUGCCGGAGAAUGUGACGUGCAAUGUCUCGCUCCCCAGAUUAGCUGGAGGCAACGAGCUUGAAGUAGCCUGUGUCCCCGAGGGUACUUUAUUCGACUAUCAGCGUGAAGUGUGUGACCAUCCUGAAUUCGUGACGUGCUAUAGUCAAGAGAACCGCUGCACUGGCCGGGAGAAUGGUACUCUAAUUCCGGCCGAAUCCUGCUCUAACUUCAUUAUUUGCAUGAACGAGUUGGAAAAUGAAGAGGUUACCUGCGCACCGGCUGGAACUCUGUUCGAUUAUCAACGCGAGGUGUGUGACUUUCCCGAAAAUGUAUUGUGCUGGGAGAGCGACAUGUGUGCCGGACGACCAGACGGAUCUCUGGCUCCCUCACGGAACUGCAGCAACUUUUUUAUCUGCGAGGAUGAGUCCAUAUUCGAAGAGCUCACAUGUCAACCCCACGGAACUCACUUUGACUGGGAAAGAGAGGUAUGCGACCAUCCGGAAAAUGUUAAAUGCUGGGAAUCUGGAUCAAACGGCAAUAGUACGGAUAGGCCACCAACUUCUUCAGUUGCACCGACGCGUCCUCCACUAGAUGUCAAUGUGCCCAGCGAUAUAUGUCGUGGAGUUACAGUAGGAAUGAUCGUACAUCCCAGCGAUUGCACACAUUGCGAGGGGGGUAGAGAAGUAGAAACGGGUUGCCUACCGGAAGGUACCAUGUACGACUACGAACGCGAGGUGUGUGAUCAUCCCGAGUUUGUGACCUGCUGGACGGAAGAAAAUCGCUGUACUGGUCGAGAAAAUGGAACUCUCAUCCCUGCCACGAACUGCUCCAACUUCAUCAUCUGCAUGAACGAACUAGAAAACGAGGAAGUUACCUGUGCACCGGCUGGAACACUAUUUGAUUACCAGCGAGAAGUCUGUGACCAUCCAGAAAACGUGCAGUGUUAUGAAGGAGGCGCCUGUGCUGGUAGGCCCGAUGGCUCUCUUGCGCCUUCCCGGAAUUGUAGCAAUUUCUUCCGUUGUGAAAAUGAAGACAUUGCCGAAGAAAUCACAUGCCAGCCUCAAGGAACAUUAUUCGACUGGCAGCGGGAAGUGUGCGAUCAUCCAGAGAACGUGGAAUGUGCUGAAUCGGGUCCAACAGGAAACAGUACUGAUGCGCCUCCGAUGCCGACUUCUGAACCUACUCGUCCUCCACUAGACCCAGAUGUUCCCACGGAUCUCUGCCGUGGUGUUACCUACUGCCAUGAAAUAGUAUUUAAGGUGCCUUUGGUCGACACAAUCGUAACAUACUCGAAUCUCUUCAAGAUGAACAAGAAGUUGUGUAUUCUACUGGUGCUUACCGUUCUCUGUUCGGCAACAUUUGCCGGCAAGAGCAAGGAAUCGUCUAAGGAAAAAUCAAAAGAAAAAUCUAAGGAAAAUUCCGGUUCAAAAGAGAGCGCUUCGAAUGAGAGUUCUUCAAAGGAGGUAACCAGUACGGAAUCACCCGCAACAACAACGGCCUCCUCAAGUGACAGAUGUGCUGGACAACCCGAUGGAACCAUUCUACCAUCUUUAACGACCUGUGCUAACUUUGUCACUUGCCAGGGAGAAGUCGAGGCUUCUGAAGCUACCUGUGUACCGAGUGGUACCAUCUUUGAUUCAUCUAGAGGAGUGUGCGAUUACGAACCAAAUGUGGUAUGUACCGUAGAAGGCGAAACUUCUACCACGGUCACUGAACCAUCAACGGAAGUACCGACAACUGGUCCCGAACCUACGCAAAACGAACUGAAGGCAGCUCGACUGCAAAUCAAUAGUGUUGGUAUUAGAAUACGUUUACUAGUUAGUAGGCUGGUCAAAUACAUCCUGAUCAUGAAUCCUUUAGCCGCGACCUUGUUCGUCGGUAUCGUGAGUGUUGCAAUGGCAUUCGAUGAAGAGUGCAUUGGCAAACGCAACGGAGCCACCUUUGCCGACGAGUACAGCUGUAGUAAAUAUCGGGUCUGUCUCGGAGGAUAUCUUUCUCACGGUGAAUGCAUGUCCGGACUUUCCUGGGAUAAUUUUCGGCGGCUGUGUCUACCAGCGGCAUUAGUGUCUUGCACGGCCAAACUUACUACAACUGUUCAGACCACACCUUACGUGCCACCAACUGAUGAUGGAAUUAUACUGGAUGAAAACCACAACAGUCUGCCAGAUGAUUUUGAGACUGGAGAGUACACAUGCCCACUGCAAGGCGUGUUAAGCAUACCACAUCGACGCAGCUGUUCACAGUAUAUUCUGUGCUUCGAUGGCACUGCCGUACUGCAGCGAUGUGCCCCUGGACUUCAUUUUAACGCAGCGCAAAGUCAGUGCACUCUGCCCAGCUUGGCUAAUUGCGAUUUGCAGGAGCAUGUGUGCCCUGAGAAGGACGAUCCACUAAAGCUUGUGUUUGUAGCAGAUCGCUUUGAUUGUUCCAAGUACUACUAUUGCUACAACGGAAAGUUCCAUCCACACAGUUGUGCCCCAGGACUACACUGGGAUCCACUUAACAACUGGUGUACGACAAUCGCGGAAUCAAAGUGUCAAAACUUCACACCCUACAUGGAAGUGAACGAACCGACGUUGGUUCCAAAAAAAGUCAGUUGCAUGGACGACCAUGCCCGUUGGGUCAAGCAUCCAAAAAGCGAACGACAUUAUUAUCUCUGCUACAAGGGCAAGUCGUUGCUAAAACGCUGUGAUGAUGGUCUCAUCUGGGAUGAAACAACACACUCGUGCAACUAUGAAAACUGAUCAACGGAUAAACGUUAUCUUGCCUUUGGAUUGAAGUUUUGCAAACUAUCAAAUAAAAUAUUGAUACUACUAUAAAGGGAAUGCAAAUGCAAGUAUGUAA